GGUGUGCAACCUAGAGUUUAGUGACGUAGGCGUGCAAUUUCUCACCGGGAAAGAAAGUCGGUGGUUUGCAAUUUCAGAGAUUAGUUUCUCAGAUUCACGGUACCACAACGUCCGGAUUACAGAUCAGGAUUUGCAAGUGUCUGAACCCAAACGUUUUUGGGAAUACUCACUAUCAUUUGGAAGAUGUUUUUCCUGAAGAUGGCACAUGGAACACCCAUUUGGUAGCAACUAGUCUACUAAGAAAUAUUUCUGGUCCCUGCAAUGAGAAGUAGCUGACAAGAGGAUAUCUACCAACCUAGAACGCCAUUGUCCAAUCACAACGAUGGAAUACCAGGAUGGAACCCUCAGCAGCAGCAGCCAGUCAGUGAUCAGUGGCUUGGAGAGGUCUCCCGCCGCGUCUGCGUUUAGGCCCUCCCACUCCCGGGAGGACAGCACGUGCACAGGCACAGGCUCCUCACGGCACUCGCGCCAGAACUCCAGGGACUGGGAGAUCAUGAAUGACAUCCAGCCAGUGGCCACAGUGCCUGCCCCGAUCCUGGCUGUGAAUGUGCCUGGACUCUGUCAGGGUUACAUGAUGAAGAAGAGGAAGUACCCCCUCAAAGGCUGGCACAGGAGAUAUUUCCACCUGGAGAAAGGAAUCCUGAGAUACUCUAAAACCCACCAAGAGAUUUUGAGGGGGAAGAUUCAUGGAUCCUUGGAAGUCAGUCUCGCGGUCAUGUCCAUCAAUAAGAAGUCUAAACGCAUCGACCUGGAUGCUGGCCACAGUAUAUACCACAUGAAGGCCAAGACUCAAGACAUGUUCUACAUCUGGCUGACCAAGCUGUCCGCCCACCGCAUGUACGGAAAAAACGAGGCCAUGAGUGCCCACCAGGAGGUGCUGAAGGCCUUCUCCUCAUGCUCCGGCACAAUGUCCACCAUGACCAGCCUCUCACAGAGGGGCAGGGCCAUGUCCAUCAUGCUCCCUCAAUACCAGAGCAUGAUGUCCAUUUGUUCUCCUGAGCUAGAGAGGCCCUCCCCUGCCUCGACUGGAGUCAACGGCAAGGUGUCUGCCUGGCUUCAGCAGACCACAGAGGCUGAUGCUUGCACACAUGAGCUGAACCGGUGUGAGCUGGACCUGACUGAGCUGGGUCGUCUGAUCCAGCGGCUCCACUGGCUGGAGGGGGGUCUGCCCAUCACCGACUCGGACCUGGAGCGACGCAUCAGCAUGCAGAAUCUCACUCUCGAAAAACCUAAGAAAAAGUCAGGGAAGAUCUUUGGCCACUCGCGUUCUCACUCCCACACACCGAUGUUCUCCCCCAGUUACCUGGGCAACACAUCCCACCUGGGCAACACAUCCCACCUGGGCGCCUCUGUCCAGUCUAUCCCUGACUACGUCUACACCCAGCUCUCCACACCGGCCACCGGCUCGCCCGACGGCAAGAAGCUCCAGCAGGACAUCUGUGUCCUCUCCACACGAGUCCACUCCUCUCUGAAGUCCAUCCUGAACGUUCUGACUCAAGAGCGAGAGCGCCUGCGGCAGGCUUGGACAGGGCCAGAACUGCGGCAGUCCACCUCGGACCAGCUGGCCACACUCUGCUCCACCAUGUCUGAGCUGGAUCUGCAGGCCCGUUUAACAAAAAUUCACUCCCUGUCCCUCUCCUCUGAAUCGUCGGAAGAGUCCUUCUGCACUGUGCGCCAGGACCAGCCUGCCCCGUCAGCUGCCCAGCAGCAGCACAUGCGGCAGCUCUCUGUCGCAGACUCUAUGGCUGAGUAUUUCGAUGCCAGUGAGGUGCUCCUCGAUGAGAGCUCAUCAGAGAACGAGGCCUCGGACGAGUCGGGCCUGAGCGACAUCACCACCAGCAACUCCGAACCUGAAGAGGGCCACGCCUCAGCCUCCGUUAAGUACAGGGAGAGUGUCUCCAGUGCCCCAGAUGUCCCCAGCGCUGUCCCUAAGAACACAGGCCGGCGGACGGUCCUGCCCGCACCAUGUGCCGACAACAGCCACAUUGGCAUCUUCUCUAUUCUCUACAACAACGUCGGGAAGGACCUGUCGCGCAUAUCCAUGCCAGUGGCCCUCAACGAACCCGUCAACUUCCUGCAGAGGGUCAGUGAGGAGCUGGAGUAUUCAGAGCUGCUGGACAUCGCGAAUCGCACGGAUGACCCCUACGAGAGGAUGGUCUACGUGGCUGCCUUCUCCAUCUCUGGCUAUGCCUGGGCUACCUGGAGAAGUAACUACAAGCCCUUUAACCCAGUCCUGGGCGAGACCUAUGAGAACAUCAGAGACGACAGAGGCUUCCGCUACGUCAGUGAGCAGGUCAGCCAUCACCCUCCUCUGUCGGCGUGUCAUGCUGAGUCUGAAAACUUCAGCUUCUGGCAAGACCAGCGUUGGAAGUACAAAUUCUGGGGCAAAUCAGUAGAGAUCAUCUCCUGCGGAAACGUCAAUGUCACUUUGCCUAAGUAUGGAGAUCACUAUGAGUGGAACAAGGUCAUCACCUGCAUCCACAACGUGUUUAGCCCCCAGCGGCACCUGGAGCACUAUGGAGAUGUGGUGAUCCGCAACAAGAACAGCGACGGGUGCACAUGCAAGAUCACCUUUGUCAAAGCUCGCUACUGGGGUUCAGAGGGCAGUAAGAACGAGGUGCAGGGCACAGUCCUGAAUGCAGCAGGCAAGGUGGUCCAUCGCUUUGGUGGCUGUUGGCAUGAGGGCAUCUUCUGUGAUACCCUGCCCAACCCAAAAUGCAUAUGGAAGCCAAACACUCAACCUGAUGACUGGCAGAAGUUCUAUGGCUUCUCGCAGUAUGCCAGAGAGUUAAAUGAGCUCACCCCUGAGCUGGCCAAGGUGCUGCCCCCUACAGACUCACGCUUCAGGCCGGACCAGAGGCUCCUGGAGGAGGGAAAGCUUUCUGAUGCCGACAAGAAGAAGGAUGAGGUCGAGAAUAAACAGAGGGAGAGAAGAAAAGAGUUGGCCAAAAAGGGCGAGGAACAUAUUCCCCGCUUCUUUAGAAAACAACUGGACGAUGCUGGUCAAGAGGUAUGGGUGACCAACGGGACCUACUGGAAGGUUCGGAAAGAGCCAGGUUUUGCUUACACUGAUAACCUGAACCUUUGGUAGCCCUGUCUGCAAAAAAAAAAAAAAAAAAAAAUUCCGAAGGGAUUCCGAUUCCGACUCAGAUUGGCACCAGUGAUCCCAUGCCCAGAGUUCUGAUGGACACCAGAGACUGACGAGGCUGUGUUUUUGUUUCUCGGCAUGAAAUGAGCCACUCGGGUCAUCCGUGAGUGGGGAUUGUGCCAACCUGGAGUGCAUGAGGAACAGACUAGUUUGCUACUCGUCCACUGACAAUGCCGAUACUCCAGACGGGCCUCUGUGCUUUCGCCGUCUCCACAGAUCGGAGAAAUGAGUUUUAUGAAUGUUAUGUACGCUCCUUUACCCGCAUGCAUACUUUGUACAUUGAUUUUAGAACUAUUGCAAUUUUAUGCCAGUGAAGGGGACUCCUGAGUGUGGAAAUGAGAUUUUCAUGUAAAAUGCAGAUAGCGUACAGAUGUGGCUGUCAAAACUAAAUGGUAAGGUGGUGGUUGCACUGAUCAAGAUAGGUUCCCACUUCAAUGGGUCUUAACUGUAUGUUUACCUGCAUGUUUUUCUCAGUGGAUUGUACAUGUGUUAACUUUACUUUGGGGUGAUUGCACAUAUGUAUUUUUUGGCACUGCAGGCAGAUUUGAUUGUACUUGCUAGCCUGGUGUAGGAUAAUGUGCUUCGCUUCAAAGCUAAUCUGUAAAUAGCACUGCGCUGUCCCUCAUCUGCCUUGCUUGAAGUGUGUGUGUGUGUGUGUGUGUGUGGUAGAUUAAAAAAAGUGUGUGUGUGUGUGUGUUCAUAAUGUUUUUUUACUUUUGCCUUAGGUGUUGAAAUUAUGAUAUUUUUAUGGAUGUUUCAACAGUUAUAUUUCAAGGAAAAGAGAAGCAUUGUUAACCUUCUUUAGAAGAUAUUCAAAGUGUGACUCCAUGUUUUAUAAACCCUUUUUAGUCUGAUGGAAAUAAAUAUUAAAACGAAAA